AACUCAUCUAUUAGUAUAAAGUGGAAAAGCAGAUGCUUCUAUAAACGCCAAUAUUAUUGUAUGUCGGGCUUAUCCCGUUAGUAAAUAGGCUAUAAAUGGACAAAUUGAUAGAAUACCAAUAAGGCUCGCAUAAUGCUAUAACGGACGUGUCUGAUGUUAAAUGAAUUCGAAUUUGAAUUCAGAGAAAAGAGGUACGACAUGGAAUUCCUUAACUUUUUAUUUUUAAAUUUUAUGAACACAUGGCAAAUUAUUUUAGUUAAUGUACAGAAGAGAACAUUUUAUAUACCGCAUGCUUAAUGUAAUACUGACUCUUUAGUAGAUAGGUCAGAAUUGAGUUACUUACAGAUGUAGGCUUCUGUUACCACUAUCUACCGUCUACCUUUUGAAUUAUGUUGAAAUUACGCAUUGUUGCCACCCCUGCAAUAUAUCCGUCUCUUUCACAUUUGUGGGAUCUCUCUUCGUGUUUUCGUCAAACAGAGACUCACGCCAGUUUGUGUCCAGCACUUGUAGAGAGAGGUUAUUAUAGUUUUAUUGAACGAAGACCCAAUCAUUAUUGAGUGUGUUUACGACUAAAUUUGAAGUUGAUAAUGUCGCUGAAUAGCUCGAAAAAGAUAAUAGAACUUAUUCGGACUCGAAAUCCGGCGCCACUAUUGGCAACACAAGAUAAAGGACACGAAUCAGUGCCAUCAACAGAAGUGACGAUGUUAACUGAUAUAACAAACAAUCCCGAAAAUCAGCAUUACUCAAACGUACAGGAAUAUUUUGAAGUUUUGGAAUCACCUUCAAUUAACAAUGAAAAUGACUUUCAUAACAUCACAGACAUCCACGAUUGCACUGAUGAAAAACAUUCCAAAUCUGAAAAUAGCGAUGUCGAUUUGAGCGAUCAAGAUUCGACAUACAUUCCAACUAAAAAGAAAAAGCAAAUACCAGUAUAUCCAAGUCGAUCAAGAUCAUCAGGGAGCUCCUCAUCUUCUACAUGUUCUUCAUCCUCAUCAACUUCAGGAUCUUCGAGUGAUAGUUCCGAUACAGACUCCAGUAAUGAACAAAACAAAAUAAAAAAUAACAUUGUUCAGCAAUCAGCAAAACAAUCGGAGCAAAGAAACAUUAAUGAACCUACAAUAACCGAAGUUGCGAAAAAUCAGGAAAUCAGACAAUAUACUACAUUACUAGAAGAAAAUGAAGGCGAGAAGAAGGGAAGGAAACGUAAACGGAAAGAAGAAAGCUGGAAACAGAAUAAAGCUAAAAGUCUGAGAAAUGCAGGAAAAUCAUACAUCAAUAUGAAAAAUAAAACAAUUAAUCCUCGUUCUGUUCAACUACCCUGUGGUAUUCAAUGUAGACUCAAAUGCUGUAAAAAGAUAACUGCAGAUCAAAGACAAACAAUUUUUGAUAUGUAUCGGAAUCUCGGCCAGGUUGAUGCUCAAAGAUCAUUCAUUAUGUCUUGUAUGACUAAUAUAAACCCAAAAUAUAAAUAUACAAAUGCUAGUAAUCCAAGAAAUUGCAAUAAAGCUUUCCAUUUCGUAGUAGAAGGGCAGUCUGUUCGAGUCUGUAAAACGUUUUUUAUAAAAACCUUAGAUAUUUCUGAUCGUGUUAUACGAACUGUCAGAAGCAAAAUAGAUGAACAUGGAAUUCUAGCACAAGAUCUGAGAGGACAGCACAACAACCAUGCAAGAGUUGAUAAACAACUACUAAACGAUAUUAAAGAGUUUAUAGAUUCGAUACCAAGAAUUGAAUCCCAUUACAUUAGGCAAUAUUCUACUCGUGAGUAUAUUGAUGGCGGGAAAACAAUUUCAGAUCUUUUCAGAGACUUUAAAGUAGCUCAAAAUGAAAAUAACAAAGCAGCUGGUAGAUAUUGUACAUUUUAUAAAGUAUUUACACAAGAUUAUAAUAUAUCAUUUUUUCGUCCCAAAAAAGAUCAAUGCGAUUUAUGUUUGCAAUAUAAUAACACGACGCUUCAGCAAAAAGUAUUACUUAAUGAUUUGUACAAUGCCCAUUUAGAAGAAAAAACAUUGAGCCGCCAAGAAAAAUAUAAUGAUCGCUGCAAAAUAGAUGAUGGAAAUAAAGUUCUUGUGUUUGAUCUACAAGCUGUUUUGCAAUCUCCUAGAGGAAAUAAUUCAGCAUUUUAUUACAAAUCAAAAUUGAAUAGUUACAAUUUCACAAUAACGCUUUUAAACAAAAAAGUUGACGGUCAAAUUAAAGACUCGUAUGACGACGUACACUGUUUCUUUUGGAACGAAACUGAUGGUAAACGCGGGGCUAACGAAAUCGGAUCUUGUUUACUAAAUGUUUUUGAGAAGCUCUCAGCGGAGUCAGUAAAUGAGAAUGGGUGUAACUUAAUUCUAUAUUCUGACAAUUGCUGCGGUCAAAAUAAAAAUAAAUUCAUAGUUGCAGUUUACCUGUAUGCAGUCACUCAUUUAAAUAUUAAUACUAUUACUCAUAAAUUUUUAGUAAAAGGUCAUACACAAAACGAGGGUGAUAACAUCCAUAGUCUUAUAGAAAAGGAGAUUAAAAAAAAUCUAAACUCGGGUCCAAUAUAUUCCCCUCACCAAUAUGUAACCAUAAUUAAAAAUGCAAAGAAGUCUGGCAAAAAAUUCUCAGUACAUGAACUAACAUUUGAGUCAUUUUUAGAUUUGAAAAAACUUCAAGAAGAUUGGGGUGUUAACUUUAAUAAAAGUAAAAACGGGACUACUGUUUUAUGGAAUGACAUAAAGGUGAUAAUGGUGAAAAAAGAUACACCUUUUUCAUUUUUCAUUAAAACUUCGUACAAACAUAACGUAUACCAGGAAGUAAGCAUCAGAAAUACAAGGAAGAAAAUGCUUCCUCUGCUUCUAAUUAAACCAACUAAUGCCUACAUACAAAAGAAAGAGCUAAGUGAGAACAAAAAGAAAGAUCUGAGAGAGCUUUUAUCAAAAAAAAUUAUUCCAAAUUUUUAUUUAGAUUUUUAUAACUCUAUUCUUUAAUAGUGUACCCACCUUAUAAUUAAUAAAUUAACUUAAGAUUAAUAAAACAAUGAUUACAUACCAAAGUUAUUUAAAAAAAUCUAAAAAGUUUAAUUAUGUUUUCUUUAUAAGUUUUGAUUUUGUUUUAUAGUAAUUUAACUAAACUUGAUUAAUACAUUGAUUUAUUUUAUAGGUUUAAUAACCAAAGUGUGUAUAUUUUUUAAGUUUGUUAAAACUUUUAUGUUCUAAUAUAGAAAUUUUGUUUUAUAAUUUCAAUUCAAACAAGCAAUUCUAUUGCUUUUUUUUGCAUUAUUUUUAUGUUGAUUUAUAGAACCAAUAAAUAAAAUUGAGACGUCAAAUUUCUUAUUUGUAUGUGCUACUGAUAAAGAAUACUGCAAUAAAAGUUUAUUAUUUAUAUUAAUGUCUUUUAAUAAUUUGAAAAUGGCUGGUAUUAAGUUUAUCGACAGUCUGC